UGAAAAGUUCUUAUCAAGUUCUAAUACAAAGGAAACUAAAAUAAUGAACUAUGACUUAUCAAGGAUUGAUUAUACAAUUUGUGGUAUCACCUACCCCGAUACUCUAAAAAUACUUCCUUCGCCUAGUACCACAGGACUUCAAAAGUUUGCAAUCGGCGAUAAGGCGGGAGUUCUUCAAUGCCUCAGCAUCAAAGAUGAAGAGCCGGUGGUUCAGUUCAAGUCUUUGCCGGGAAAACCGAUCACUUCUGUCCAACUUGCGAGCACUUCCGGGUCACCAUCGGACAAAAUAUUCGCAGCUUCAGGGAACGAAGUCAAAGGAUACACCAAGAAAGGAAAAGUGUUUCUUACCAUCGAAACUACCCUGUCAGAAACCAUCACGUCCAUGUUCAUCUACGGAGGGGAUUUGAUUCUUGGAAGUGGUCGCGUGGUCACUCACUAUCGAGAUCUGAAGGAGUUUCACUCUUAUAACUGUGACGAUAGAGUUCUUGAUGUGGCCGCCUUUGGAUCACCUAAUAGUACCAGGCUAAGACUGCUAGUACUGGUGGCCAACAAAGGGGCAGUAGUCCUCGAGAAUGGCCAGGUGGCAGCCCGCAUGUCCGUCCCCUGCGGACCAUCACGCCUGGCCGUGCCGCCCUGGCUGCACAACAGUGAUGUUUGCGCUUACUAUGGCGCUGCUGAUGGAUCUAUUGGACUCAUUGCUUAUGUCGAAUCCGUGUUAACCUGUAAAAGCUUGGUGGACAAAGGGAGUUUGGGUGCAGUAGUGUGUGUCGGAUGGUUCACUAUGAACAGCGCAAUGCAUUUGGUCGUCGGACGCCAUGAUGGCUCCAUUCAACUUUAUCUAAUCGAUAUGGAAAAUCUGUAUGAGCUACCUCGACUCAAGUAUACUUAUUUUUGUGGGGAGCCAAUAACAUCAGUGGCCGGUGGCUGUGUUGGCACGGAAGAGGGGGAACUGGUCGCCGCCACAUUUUCAGGAAGGAUCUUCGCGUUGAGGUCUAGUCGGUUAAUAACUGGGGCGAACUCACUGUCUAAUAUUUCUCAAGAUGCACUGGCGUCCAGGAGAAGUAAAUUAGAAAUAGAAGUAGCUCGUCUGGAGAAGCAGGCUGCGAGUGAGCGGGACAAAUAUCAGAAGAGCACGAGAUCUUCUUUGGCUGGUUUGUCUGCGCCACCUCUACUGGAUUUACAAUGUGAGCUGUCCGGAGCGAAGAACGAUGGUUGGCAAGAAGCAAGGGUAACUUCUGCUGUCCCACUGGACAUGCUGUUCCUCUAUUGCCAGAGGAAACUCGACCUUCUGACUGACAGCGCUGCAGUACUCAGCAUAUGUCCAUCACAGGGUUCAUCAGAAGACCUUCUAGCAACAGUGCGGUGUCAGGCCGGCACAAGACGUCUGUGGAUCCGAAUGCGUCUGGCUCAAGGGAGCAACUCCCAACCUCUGAUAGGCCAGUCUACUAAACUGCUAGUGUAUGCGCUGCCAGCCGGCGCUCCGCGGGUAGCUCGCUUGAUCUCGCUGCAACUACCCGCGUUCCCUUAUUACUCCCUUCACGAUGAUCCUGACACAGCUGACGAUAGCGGCAGGUCAUGGUGUGUACUACGCGUAACCGGAAGCUUCUCCGUAGCGGAAAUGACGUCAUGGCUGACGGAAGCGCUGCCCGGAGACUUGCCGCGCCCAUCCACGAGCAUGGCGUUUGCACGAUCACAUACUCUUAUAAAAACCAUACUAAUAUGCCGAUAUCAGAGAGGAUUGGCUACGUUCAAAAGCGAUAAUAUUUCCACAAUUUACCAGCUGAAAGACAUCUUAUCAAAUUGUUCUGUCGUCAAAGGAAUACGAGUAGAUAUCACUUGUGAUGUCCCUGAAGACUGUUGUAAACAGUGCUUUGAAUCAAUAGAAGAAACUUUUAAAGUCGAAUUCAAAAAGUAUCAGGACAUGAAACUGCUAGAAGCUAUGAGUGCUUUAGAUUUAGAUGCCAAUGCUGCAAAUGAGGAGAUCCCUAUCCUGUGUGAAGAUUAUCUGAAAGUUUUGAGGGCCCCAGCUGAUGAUGUAGAGACAAGUUUUGAAGAGUUAGUUGGUACUAUUGUAAAUUGGUUCAGAGAUUACUACAAAAUUAAACUACAUGGAGCUGACAAUAGCUAUGAAAUAGAUCAACUGAAGAAGCAUCUUAAUGAGUGUAAUUUAGAGGCUGCUAAAAAGAUAUUGAGUAACAAAACUAUGACGCCAGUAGAGGCAGAGAAUUUCUAUUAAAAUUGUUUGACUUACUAAAAAUAAAUAAAUUAAACUCAUUUACAAGAGGUAAUUAUUUUGGUAUUUUAGGUGUA